AUGGCCGGUCCCAGGAAUCUUCCCGGGCGCUCGUCGCAGCGCAAAAGUGUCAAUCAGCACGAUGAUGAGCAGCCUCCGCGAACCCGUUCUGGUCGCGGUCCAAAGUCAGCUGCAAAACCAGACAACAAACCAGACAUUGUGUCACCCAAGGCCAGUUCGCAACAGUCCAACACUACUCCCCAGACGAGGAAAACCACUCGUCAAGCCUCUACCGUCGCCAAUUAUGCGGACCUCGAAGCUGGUAACGUGGUCUACGCCAUAUAUGAGGCGCCAAUUUGGACCGUCGUGGGCCUACCACGGGAUUUCUUGGACGGCCUCAAAGAGCAGAAAAAUUCCCGCAAACGCAGAUUCAGUGAGCGUUCCGAGUUGCCUGUACUCAAUACUCUAUUCACUCAUUCAGACACGAUGAGUGAUGACGAGAGCGAUGAGAUUCCUUCGCCCCAUCCUGCCGCUUCCCGGGGCAGGGGCCGCGGUCGUGGUGGGCGCGGAAGCAGGGGCGGACGCGGCAGAGGUGGGAGGGGCAGAGGAGGCCGAGGAGGCAGAGGCGGAACAGCAACUGUUGCACAUCGAACGACAUCCCCUCUGCGCACUCGACCAUCUCGCAAUGCUGCACCCGCCUUUCCAUUAGUGGAAGAAGACGAUGAGGAGCCGUCCAAUCAGGAGUCGGCUGUGGAAGACGCUAAGCGAUCGCCCGAGCUCGAAGAGGAAACCAUGAACGAUUUCAGUGAUGAUGCCGAAACCAUGAACGAGUUGACCGACGACGAACUACUUGGGAAACGGGAGUCAGAAGAAGGCAUCGAUUGUCGGGAAACGGACGGCUUCGUCGAAUCGCGGACACCACCCGGCUCACCAUCGCCAGCACUCUUGCUAGCAUACAGAGAUCCAAACGCCAACAUCCCCGUUCCAGUCGCAGUACCCAAAGUAUCACUGCCAGCGAAGUCGGCCUCACGUACCCGAACACCAAAGGAAGGUACUUCGACGCCCAUUCCUCCGCCGAAAUUGCCCCGUCUUGCUCCGGAAGAGGAUGCGCUCACCGAGUCUGACCUUCCAGGCCCAUGGAUUGAAGGAUUACCUAAACCCAUUGAGGCCGAAUGCGAAGACAGAGCAGACUAUCUUUUACAGCAGCGGUACGAGCCUAUGGUUGACGUCCAGGAUGUGAUUGCUUCCCUGACAAAAUUCCCUCUUGCUCAACGCAGCACCGAGAGCUUGUACGCGUUGGCCGAAAACACGCAAAGGAUCUUGAAAGCGUGGCAAGACGAGUACCUUCAAUUAGACGCUCGAACUGCUCCUCAUGCACACCCGCCAAAGAAGCCUUGCAAUGGUGGUCGUAUUCCUAUCAAUCCGCUGGUUUAUGAAGACAUGAAAGAGGCGGACAUCUAUGGUUAUACUUACAACCCAAAGAUAACAGAGCCUGGUUUUCAGGAUCCCUUCACGCAACGGCCCGGGCAUGAACAAUCGGGCGGUCGAGAAUUGCGACAGCGCCGCGCUAAUGCUAUGCUAGACUCUGCUGCUCCUAGCGAGGAUGAGGAAGAGGACGAGGAAGGUCGGCCUGCCAAGCGACAGCGCCGGGCAACACGCCGAUUCGAAGGAAGUGAUGCAGGUACAGGCACCGUCACCGGAACCACCACACCAAAGAAACACAACGGCUGGGGCGGCGCGCGUAAGAAGGGUGUUAGCAAGUAUGCUAAGCCGAACGAUCAUGCCACGUCUGCAACUCCCGAACCCGAUGGGCGGAUCAAGCGUGGAAGAGGCCUACUUCACCCACGGGUUCAGGAGAUGCGAGAAGAAUCUGCAGUGGUCAGCUCUGGGGAUGAUGGUGGGUCAAACGCUGACUCGGUGGACGACGAAGAGCACAUUUCCCGGCCAGCUACCAGAGGAGGUAGAGGCCGAGGUGGAGGGAGAGGUGGAAGAGGACGAGGCGGAUAUGGUCCAAAGGGGCCGAGAAAAAGAGCGUUUGAGGAAGAUGAGCCCAUUCCAUCGGCACAUGCUCCGAAUGGACCUCCACCCGCACUCCAGUCGCUGAGCGAAGGACAGAACCAGUUUACACUCAGCACGCCCGUUGGCGCCCCAGUCCCCCCUCCUGUUAUCGGCCCAAACUCUACGGAGACUGUCUUCCAAGCUACACCUCAGCCUUACGGCUACCAGGACCUAGGCACGGGGCCACAUUCGAGCGCGCAUACUCCCGAUACGUACAUGAACACAACCCCACUAAGCCAGUAUAGCAAUCCCUACGAUGAUUCUGCGAACAACUCUGCCUCUGGUUCGCGGAAGAAGCCACGCGUUAAGAGCGAGAAGCGCAGUCAAUCCAUGACCAUAUGGUGGGCCGAACGCAAAGCACGCCAAAAAGAAGCCGACGAGAAGAGCGGCACACCACCCAAACCACCAUCGCGGUCCAACUCUGGCACCGGCCGGCGAGGUGGCAGAACAUCAGGAGCUGGCUCACCAGCCGCGAAAUCACACCCCGAGCCUCAACAUCGUCAACCAAUACCUUUCUACCCAGACCCGCACGCACAGCCUCCUCCACCGCCCCCUCCUCAAGAGGUUCAGACAUUCCAUUCGCACCCGCCUCCACCAGCACCCUUUUCCGCACCAUCACCUUCAGCCGCACAUGCGCCGGCUGUCUCGUACCCACCCCCACCAUCCCUUCUUAUGCAACCGUCUCCGCUCGCAGCGCUCCCUUCCUCCGUACCACCACCGCCUCCGGGCCCAGGUCGCACACUCGCACCUGCACCUCUUCCACCGCAAGUUCCGAUGUCCGCAUAUCCGAGCCCAUACGGCCCGAGAACAGCACCACGACCAAAAAGCAACGGGCCUCUACCGCUAGCACCCGCGCCAAGCCAUGUCAGCCCGUACCCGCCGAUGGGCAUAGGUAUGGGAAUUGGCUCCAGCCAACCAGUCCGAGAUAUGCCUUUCAAGGUCCUCGUGCCCGGCAUUCCGCCCGACAGCCGGAGGGAGAGUCGCUAG